AUGUCAUGCCGCACCAUCAAAUACGAACUAUACGACGACAUGCGCAACUACAUCCAAAAGAUUCGCGCUCUCCUAGACGCUCGCUGGCCCUUCGACAAACCCUUCAACAUCCCGUUUCCCGGACUGGCGUUCAAAUCCAAGCAGCUUCUGAUCGAAGUGCCGUACUACAGCAGCGGCCGAACCCAUAACAUCGAGUUUCGCGAGGAGAAGGUCAGAUUGCACGACUUUGUAUCACAGGGCGCAUUCGAUCUCGGUGUCAAACGCGUCGUCCUGCAUGUCAAGGCGUUUGAUGUGCAGCACACGGACGCGCCCAUCCCGUACUAUCGCGUCCCGCCACCUCGGCCGGGAGAGCGUGUGGAAAAGAAGGAAGCUUCCCACCUGAUGAAGAUGUAUCUGAGGUUAGCUAUGGAGGGCGCAUUUCUCAGGGCGCAACCCGAAGAGAUGAGUGUUGUGCUGUUUAGACGAGAGUACGCGAGCUGUCCUGAUACACUUGUGUCCAGAGUUGUGGAGCUGGUGCGGGGUCCAAAUGAGAGGCUUUGGCUAACCGAGAGUCUGAACGAGCCUGAGUACGCUGGGAGAUGGCCUGUUAUUGGUAUAUGA